AUGAACUUUGAUUAUACUGGAUACAUCUUGUGUGAACAGGCUCUGGCUCUCUGUCACUACCUCGACACUCAUCAGGACGAGUGGAGUCUUGUAGACAAAGCCGUCCUUGAGAUUGGAGCAGGAACUGGACUUCUGUCUAUCGUUGCGGCGCUCCUCGGAGGCUGGGUCACAGCUACCGACCUCCCAGAAGUCCUGAACAACACGAGGGUCAACUUGUGCAGGAACACCAGGGGCUGCUGCAGACACCCUCCGCAGGUGGCAGCUCUGUCCUGGAGCCACGACCUGGAGCACACCUACCCCUCUUCCGUCUACAGGUACGACUACGUGCUGGCUGCUGACGUGGUCUACCACCAUGACUUCUUGGACGAGCUCCUGGCCACCAUGAAGCACUUCUGCAGGCCAGGAACGACCCUGAUCUGGGCCAACAAGGUCAGACUUGAGUCCGAUCUGGUCUUCACAGAGAACUUCCACAAGGCCUUCCACACAAGUAUACUGGCUGAGGACGGAGAUAUGAAGAUCUUCAUGGCAACUUGUGGAGAAGGAAAAGACGAGGAGCUGGAAAAUGCAUAUCUACUGGGACAGGUGGAGGAAGAACCAACAAAGGAGGAGGAGCUAAAACACAAAGAUGACGAACUUCACGGCGCCCUUCAGGAGAAGGAAUCUGACGAGUUGGAAGCUGAGAGCAGAGACGAAGAGGAAGAAAAGAGCGAGACUGACAGUGACGAAGAGGAAGAUUCAGAAAGAAGUUCGGCUCUCAAAGAUGAUGGUGCUGAAGAUAAAACAGAUGAACGAAAGGACAAAAACACAAAAGAAGAGAUGUGUGUGAAAGAGAAAUGGGCCCCCAGCAUCCUUUACAGCACCACUAAAGACAUCUACAAUUACGUCGGCGAGGAUAUUGUCAUUUAUGAAUCCAUAGACUCGUACGGGGCCAUGAUGUGGCCAGCUGCGUUGGCUUUAUGCUCCUUCCUGGAAAACAACUGGCACACCUUCGACCUGCGUGAGAAGCAGGUUCUGGAACUGGGAGCGGGAACUGGACUGGUAGCCAUUGUGGCCAGUCUGCUGGGCGCUUCGGUCACAGCUACAGACCUCCCAGAGAUGCUGAGCAACCUCCAAGCCAAUGUGAUGAGGAACACUAGGGGCCGCUGCAGACACCUACCCAAGGUGGCAGCUCUGUCUUGGAGCCACGACCUGGAGCACACCUACCCCUCUUCCGUCUACAGGUACGACUACGUGCUGGCUGCUGACGUGGUCUACCACCAUGACUUCCGGGACGAGCUCCUGGCCACCAUGAAGCACUUCUGCAGGCCAGGAACGACCGUGAUCUGGGCCAACAAGGUCAGACUUGAGUCCGAUCUGGUCUUCACAGAGAACUUCCACAAGGCCUUCCACACAAGAUUACUGUCUGAGGAUGGAGAUAUGAAGAUCUUCAUGGGAACUAGUAGAGAAGGAGGGGAUAUAACAGACUGAAUCACAGGCUGCAGGGUCACGGACUAAAGGCCUCGACUGCUGGAGGAGACUUUUUCAUGUCUUUUCUUUUUACAUUUCAUUUGAAGUGUUGAGCAAAGUUUACUUGUUCUCAGUGGUGCCAUCAUUAUUGGCUCUUUUUUACCUUCAUAAUUUUCUGUAAU